UAUGACGGAGAAAGAGAAAAUCGCUUUGGAUUUGUUACAAGCAAUUAGAGAAGAAGAUAUAAGAUGUUUGCACGGAAGAUUAGUUGCCUAUUGUUCGGAGAUCGACGGUGAUCUACUAGAAAAAUGUCUAUAUGAAGCAUUGAGGCUUAAUAAAGACGAAUUUUUUAUCUGUAUAAUAGUUCAAUGGUUAUGUAAAUUGACUAUUUAUCAAGAUUGGUUAAUAGAGGAAAGUGUCUAUGGCGAAUACAGUCGUAAGGAACUAAGAGGAUUUUACGAUACUGUUGAGGGAUGCUUACAAAAUCACAAUAACAAAGAACUUUUAGAAUUUUGGAGAAAGUUAAAAACUAUAAAAAAAUGCGAAGAUAUAUUUGGUUUGCUGUUUCAAAAAGUAAUUCAGCAAGAGAAUCGUGACUAUUUCGACAUAUUUAUGCGUUUAAAAAUAAUAAGAAUGAACGAAGAUACACCAGUUAUGAUAUUAAAAAGUAAGUUUGAUGAUAAAAUAAAAAUCGCUAAAUUAUUUUUUAAAAGUUACAAUUGGAAUGAUGAAGAUUCUUGGUUAUAUCUGAUUUACGAAAUAAAUGAUCCACCCAAUUCUCAGAAACAACUUCGAAUGCUAGCUAAUUGUUUUGAAAAAAGGAUAGAUCUAUACGAUUUAAGAAAAUUAAUGGCUUGUCAUAAAAAGACAACAAAUCAAUUUAGAAAUUUUAUCAAAUUAUUAUUGCCAAAACUAGAUUUUGAAUAUUUUUUGGAGUUAAUGAAUCAUAAAGUAUUCGAAUUUAACGAAACAGUUGCUUUGGCAUCCCUCGAGUGUCAAUGUACAUUUUUAAAGGAAUUAUUAAAACAUUAUGGUUCACUUUAUCUUGAAGUAAUAGAGAAUAUAAACCAUGGAUUAUUCGGUACUAAACCAGAACCACUUUCAUACAAUUUAUAUACAAUAUUUAAAGAAACUUUUAAAAGUCAGAUGCAUAAGAAUAUAGUUUUUGAUUAUUUCGUUACAAAUAUUAUACCUUGUUAUCAAAAUGAACAAGAGCUUUCUUCAGGACCCGAUUGCUGGUAUUCUCUCUUCGUUCUUAUUAGAUUUAGUCAAGAUGGUGCAAUAUUUUCCGAAUUGAUACGGAAUUACGUAUAUCUCUUUUUAAAGAAAAAGGCUGAAGAUAGACUAAAUUAUCCAGUUUCCGAAUCGAAAAGGAUUACUACGUUUAUUGCAACAAUGAUAUGGCACGCUUUCUCAACUGAUUAUUUCCUAUUUUUACACGAUGAGACUAACGAAUGCUUUGAUUUUUUGAAAGAGCAAAAUUUUCCAUUCGAAAUAUUAAUGUUAGCCAGUGAUCAAUCCUACUUUAAUAAAUUAGUUAAAAUUCGUAAAGAAGCACGUCUAAUGUCAUUAAAAGAGAUGGCAAGAUGGACUUUAAGAAGAAAUAUAAGAAAACCAUUUCAUGAUAAUCUAAUGAAAAUGAUAAAUGACUUGAAAUUACCAUUUUUAGUUGAAAAAAUGCUUAACUUGCGAGAAAUUAUGCAAAUUCAUGGACUUUGUUGGAAACAAUUCCAAGUUUCAAAUGGUGAAUUUGUUGUCUAUGUUAAAAUAUAA